CUCAGAAACUGUUGGUACUACUGAUUGGCUUGUGCAUAGGUCUGGAGUACCUGGUUUACAAGUUAAGCGUCGGUUAGCGUGUUACUGUGCACUAUAUGAUUGGGUCCUAGUUACAUUGUGCUGGGGUUGGAUUCAUCAUUUAUGUACAUUUUGGUGUUACUUCUCAGAGUAUAUAACUAGGUCACAAUUUUAUUUCCUUCCCUAGCUAGAGAUUGCGAUGGGCAUGAAUGCUGAAAGUAGUGCUGGCCUAAAGCAAGGCCGUAUCUGGGUUUGGCUUCACAAUGUUUGGACUUCACUUAGGCCUCAUUUGGUUUCAUGGGAUCCGGGGGGAUCCCUGGCUUUUCCCCGGCCAGAGAAACCACGGACUAAAUUCUCCCCGGGUGAUCCACCAGCGCAUUUGGAGACCCAAGAGACAGGGGCAGCCCCGCCCUUUCCCUAGGUGAGGCUUCCACGCCUCGUGAGGUCAGGGAGAAAAUCCUCGUCGCUUGGUAUCGCGAACGAGAGGCGGCGGCGACCAGAUCAAGAACUCCUCCGCCGUCCAGCGCCCCGCCCUUCAUGGUCCAACGCUCCACCGUCCCCCGGCUCUCCUCCGGCAACUGGAAGCAGCGCACCCCCAUCUCCCUCCACCUCCACGCCCUGCACCUCUGGCGGGGGCGACGGCGACCCGAGGUCGUCACCAUCUCUCUCCGCCUUGAAGUUCCCUCACCUCCGGCAAAGACGACAACCAGGAGGUUAUCCUCCUCUUUCACCAAGGUAUCCCCUCAUCCUCCUCUUCUACCCGAGUGUUUUUCUUCUCCAUGGUGAUGCCUUCCCUGCCAUUCGCGGACACGAGAUGAGGAGCUCUGUGCAGAUCCAAAAACCUCCUCUUUGGUCUGCUUCCUUUUGUUUGCAGCUCCCCCUAGCCCCUAACAUGCUUGAUUUGUUCUCAUGGAAGAUCCCAACAAAUUAUUAUGGAAGAAAAAUUGUUGUUUCUUGCCACUAUAGACUGAAUUGAUGAUUGGUGUUUUUCUUUCUGCCAUCAAAAUGACAAGUGGGAGCAGCAAGAUUAGAUAAUCAUUUAGUUAUACUAGUAUGUAUAUUGUCAUAACUUGGAAGAAUUAGUGAUGGGUAAUCGCUACUAACCUGUGUUCUGGCGAAGUGCCAAAGUGGUAAUUACUAUGUCGUUCAGGACAUGAACAAUUGAGUGUUGAAUGCCAGCUUUGUGUAGGUUUAGUUCAGUCAGCUUCCUAUAGGUUUGUUUUUCAGCUAGCUUGCUGUUAACAUGUCAUUUGUUGGAUAUUACAUUUUUCUAUGGCAGAUUAAAAAUAUAGAACUAUCUAUGAUUACUUGGCACAUAUAUGUAGCUUCUGUAGUUUCUUGUGCACUCUGUACUACCAGCAUUUGAUAGGUUGUACUUGGUGUGAAAUUCAUUGAUGUUGAUUUACACAAGUUUCAUAUUCAUUGAUGUUAUUAGAAUAUCACUAUGUUUGUAUUUACUCUAUUCCUAGGCUCCCACCUACUUGUUCUUAGAUGGUAUUAUUAUUGCUUAGCAAUCUGUUCUGUAAUAUGUUCUAGCUAGUGUAUAUUCAUGCGCUUCUUGAAUGUAUUAUGUGUUCUAAAAUUGUUUAGAAAAAUACUAUAUGCAUCCUUUGUGCCAUAAACUGAUAAGUAUUUAAUCAUGUAUCGAAUUCUGGUGCUUUGACAUUGUAAGUGUUUUGCUUUAUCCGAAGACGUUGUGUUCAAUUGCUUGGUGCCUUUCGAUUUGUUGGUCAUUGAGAAUAUUUUACUCGGAGCAAGAAAGAAUGUUCUUAAUUCUGUUUAUGCACAACGCAAUCUAUGGCAACGCCUAGGGCAUCUAGGAACCAUGCAUAUGAGAAAGGUCUUGUUGAUAUAAUGCUUGACCACAACAAUCCCAUCUAUAGAGGUCAAAAUGGGUGGUUGGCUGAAGGGUGGACUAGCAUUACAAAUACAUUCAAUCAGAAGUUUCCACUAGCUCAUUUUACCAAGCAACAAAUCCAAGAGAAGGAGAAGGAUUUAGAAGGAAAUUACAAGGCAGUGAGAGAUUCUCGGAAAUAGAGUGGCACAUGAUGGGAUGAUACACUUUGCAUGAUCAUUGUUGAACCUGUAAUAUGGGAUAAGCUUAUUAAGGACCAUCCGAGGGUAAAGAAGUUCCGUUCGAAGCCAUUCAUGCUCUUCAAGGCAUUGGCUUCCCUGCAUGAAGUAGGAAGUGUUGCUUCAGGCGAUCUCAACUUUAUAUCAAUUCCGCGAGUGGAUUUAACAAGUGACGCAAUUUCUUCUAUGGGUUCCCCUAUGAAUGAUGUAAACCCUUUCUCCUCUACCAAUCUUGGAGCUGGUAUGUCAUCUUCUGAUUUGCAAGACCAAGGGGCAUCAAGAAGAGAUGAAGCUGAGCGUGCGACGUCAGCCAACUCUGAACAAAAGGGAGUGGAGUUGAUGAAAAAGAGGAAGCACAGCCAGGUCGCUUUGGCGCUUGAGGACUACAUAGAUUUCCGGAAGAAGCAAGAUGCAAAAUUAGAUGAAGCGUUAAAGGAAUCAAAAAAAAGCGAAGGCGCUAUGGCUUUUCAAGUGCCCAAUGAAUCGAGAGAUUUUUAUCAAUACCAAGAACCCAAGGAUUAGGCUUUUUUGGUUGAAAGAGGAGAUUGCUGCAAUUGAGAGAUCAUAAGGGAAGUAACUUGUCGUACAUCAUCAAAAGAGCCAAGCCCGGCCUUUAAGAGGGAAUGCAAUCAUGGCUAGACACAUUAUGAACUAUUUCUGUAAUUUUCCUUUUGUACCAUCCAUGUACAGUGCCAUGUAUUACCCCCUUACUAAUGAAAAUCGAGUUACAGUAGGGAUUUUCCCUAUUGUGUUUGCCCAAAAAAAGUAACUUGUCGUAGCAGGAGUGUGUGCCUAAUCUUGUUAUUAGUAUUAGGUGCAUAUGAUUAGGUCAUGUGAUUGGGUUCAUGUUAAUUUGCAAAAUACACCAUCAGAUUGCACAUUUUCAAGCAUAUUGGUUGGGUUCCUGAACAGUCUUGUGGCAAGCAAUGCAGUCUUAAUUUUAUUAUGCACAGUGCACACAUCAUAUGUUGGUUCAUACUAUAUUGUUCGAAAGUGUCCCUGCCUUGACAUGGCAACUUGAUAAUCCAGAACUUUUUAACCAUGAUCCUAGGACCGAUAUUUGAACCAUGGUGAAGGGAUGGAUA